AUGAUAAACACGUGGAUUUUCGAACGUUGUGCGCCGAAGAAUUCCUAUUAUGGAAAUCAUUCGAUCGCGGGUCGUUUAACGGUCGUUCGAUUUAGUCUGUCUUCGACGACGGUUCAAGCUGGCGGACGAAACUCGCCAAUCACUAAUGCAGAAAAUUUAGAGACAACAUCGCUUUAUGUGACCAAUAUAUCUUCUGAACUCUAUCCAUUAAAUAUUAAUAAAUGGAAUGAUAUAGAUUGGGAUGUUAUCGAAAAAUUUGAAACAGAUCCUAUAAAGAUAACGCUACACUUAAUGUAUGAGUUUAUUGAAUAUAUAAACAUAAAUAAACCUUCACUAUUGUGUUGUAAUGAUAUAUGGAGUUUUAGAGAGUUAUAUGACAUUACUAAGAUAUUAGCAUAUAAAAACAUUAAAGAUGAAAUAAGGCUUACGUACAAAAAUGAAUUCACGCCACCGCCGAAAAAGAGGAGAAGAAACAUUAAAUUCUGUGUGGGCAUGAUAAUAAAAUACUUCGUAGAUAUUCGCGUGCCUAUCGGGAAAGGAGUAAUUAUCGGUUGGCAUUAUAGAUGCCGAUCCACGAUCUUACACAAAAAUUUAUUGUUGGCUUUCCCAAGUUUAUGUGGAAGCAAUUUAUACAAUAUUGACCUUUGCAUGCAUGAUUGUAAAAUAUCAAUGUUUGAGCAUACUGACAAGACACAAUACUUUCAAAAACUACCCCAUUAUCUUUUAUUAAUGGAUAACAACACAUUGUGUUAUGCAGGGCAAUAUGCCAUUUCCAAAUGUGAGCCAACAUUUAUCGAUAACGCGGAGAUAGGCAGAUACUUCACUAAAUUCGAAGGUACACAUUAUGUACCAAACGCAAAAUUAUCAAAAGAGUAUCCAUAUGAUGCUGCUGUACUUCGCGAAAUACUUGCCAACCAAUAGUUUGUAUUACGUCAAAAAAGGUGUCCUCCUCCAAGAAAAAAUUAUAGCGUAAAAGAUUAUUAUAUUUAGCGAAAAUAUAUAUUAUAGCGAAAAAGAAUUUUUGGCUCAAUAGAUUUUCAAGAGCAAAUGAAAACAGGUUUCAAGUUUCUUAAAAAAUUACAUUAUUUUGUAGUUGCACAAUAGUCUCUUUUGCUCAUAUAAAGAUGAAAAAUUUGAAUGUUUAUAUGCAUUCCAUAAUUGCAAACUCCACAGUUUACUAUUUUGUUCUGACUGAGAUUCAUGGAAUUCUUUCUGCAGAAUCACUAGGGCAAACAUAUCAAUAUAUAAAAACACAUAUAUCAAAAUUGUUAAAAUACAAUCGAAUUGUCUACAAGCUAUGCCAAGAAUCUUUGAAUAUAACGAAGAGCAACAUCCAGAACAAUUCAAUAUUAUUGUCUUACAAUAUCUUCAGCCGCAUGCGUCAUAUUCGAUUAUAAAAUGGCUGCAUGAAAUUCUAGAUGAACAAUGCCGCUUUAUGGGUGUAUCAAUUUGUAAGAUAGUCUUUGUGAGUUUCUGAGAAAUUUUUCUUUUGGGACAAUAAGGAAAAAAAGAAAGAGGACAUCUGUUUUCUUAAAGAAUUAAUACUUUCUAAAUUAUUACUUUCUAAAUUAAAAGAUACGCCAAUUAUGGGACCAACGAUAUUAUUAGAUAUCCUUUUAACGUAAGAGAAAAAGAGAUAUUUGAGAGAAAAAUUCUAUAAAUUAUUAUAAUUAUAAUGCGCUGCGCGCGAUAGAUGCAUAACUAUGCAUCUUUAUAUAAUUUUUAUAAGUACAAAAAGUGUGAGCUUUUAUAUAAUUUUAAUAUAUUAAUUUUAAUAUAAUUUAUAUAAUAUAAUUCUUUAAACAUAAUUUAAGCCACAGAUAUCAGCAUGUUUUCAAAUCAUUUUUUACUACUGCAUAUUAUAGUCCAGCAAGAAGACUUGGAUUAUACUUGAAAUUAAUACCAUUAUAUCUAUAUUCAGAUUUAAGUUGUAUAAAAACUUAAAUAGUGUAUAAAUAAUUUUAGCUUUAGAAUGAUUUGCGAACUCAAUCUAUUUGAUUUUUAUUUUUACAUAUAUUGUGCAUACUUUCAGUACAGACAUAUAUACGUAUAUACAUUUAAAGAAUGUCUAUCGUGUUAAUGAUAUUUAACAUUGUAUAUCAACUUUAUAUAAAAUAGUAUUUUUUAUGUGUUUUUAUUUUUUUUUUGUCUAUUU